AGAAGCUAAUGCAAUGGGGUUUCCCGGUUCUUCACAACGCAGAUUUGAUCCUUUUUCGAACACCUAUAAUCCAGGAUGGAAGAGCCACCCGAAUCUGAGCUAUGGCAAUAACAACAACUCAGCCUUUCAAUCUCAGCCGCAACAUAUGCCUGGACCAGGGAGUUCUCAAUCUGGAGCACCUAAUCAGAACUCAACCUCUACACUUGAGGUUAUGAUGCAGAGGCUGGUGGACGGCCAAUUGAAGUUAGAGCAAGAGAAGCUGAAAUUUGAGCAAGAAACUAGAGUGGGAAUGCAAGAUUUAAGAACACAGGUGGGCCAGCUAGCUACAUCUAUGAGUAGACUUGAGUCCCAGCUCUUGAAUAGGCUCCCUUCACAGCCUAUGAACCCAAAUCAAAGUGCAAAUGCCAUCACUCUUCGUAGUGGCAAGAUUUUGAGUGAAGACAGAGCCAAGAAGGUGUCAUUUCAGCUUGACCAAGAGAAGGAAACAGAGGUUAAAAGUGGUCUGGAUGAUGAGCCAGAUGUAUCCCAGC